AUGCCGUCCUUCCAGAUGCACCCUGGCUUUGCGGGGCAGAGCAUCCGCACCAAUCCGUGGAAGCCGACACAGCUCAUCAUCUCCACCUCUCAGAACUUUGGCAUUGUCGGCUCUGGUAAGGUUUACGUUGUUGAGGCAGCCCCGGGCUUUCAGGCCGGCUCCUCGGUCUCUCUUGUAGGAUGCUGGGGAACCCCCGACGGCGUCUUCGACGCGUGCUUUAGCGAGGUCGAUCAGAACAUCGUAGUGACCGCCUGCGGUGAUGGUGUGAAGGUGUACAACUUAGCGAUGAGCCUCAACCGGGAUGGCGUGAUGCCGCUUGUGCACAACGCCGAGCACCAGGCAGAAGUGUCGUGCGUCGCAUGGAACUCAGGCCGCCGAGACACCUUCUACUCAGCCAGCUGGGACACCACCAUCAAGAUGUACAGCGCGGUGAAGCCGGAGGUGUCGGUGGUGACCAUGCAGGAGCACUUCAAGGAAGUGUACGAGGUGGCCACGACAGGGCACAGUCCGUCUUCGAUACUGUCCUGCUCCGGCGACGGCUCGUGGAAGCUGUGGGACAACCGAUCCCCGCAGCGAUCCGUGCUGACGCAGAUGGCACAUCAGAAUCAAAUUGUGCUGUCCAUCGACUUCUGCAAGAGUGACCCAAACAUCUUCGCCAGCGGCGGUGUCGACCGCACUGUCCGCGUCUGGGAUGCUCGCCGGCCCAACCAGCCGCUGGCCUCCUUUCCCGGCCACGACCAAGCAUGCCGCCGUGUUCGGUUCUCGACUCACAACCCGUCUAUGCUCGCCUCCAGCGGCUAUGACAUGCGUGUGUGCGUGUGGGACCUCUCGAAGCCGCAGCAGCCCUUGACCGCCCGCUAUCAACACCACCGGGAGUUUGUCGUCGGUCUCGAGUGGUCGCAGGCCGCGCCAAAUGCUCUCGCCUCCGCCUCGUACGAUGGAUCGGCUUUCUUUUGGUCUGUGGGCCAGGCAGCGACGGCGUCGCUGCCGGCACAACAGCUGCCGCCGGCCGUGCCGCCGCCGCGCGUGCCGCGGCCGCGCACAAAGGUGUUGCCUGGCUUGCCACAGUCCGGCAUGCCAAUGCCAAUGACAAUGACGUCUUCGCCGCGUUCCCCCCGGUAA